CAGUGUUCACUGUCUGUGUCAUAAUCAGGGGCGGACUGACUAUUUGGAAACUCGGGCACUGCCCAAGGGCCUGGGGUCAGUAGGGGGCCCCAUGAGAUGCCCCUGGUACCUUUUUUAUAGGUUUUUUUGAGUUUGGGCAAGAACACAGGGGCCCCAUGAUCCCCUAUUGUCUGGGGCCCCAUGAGUUGUCAGUCCACCCCUGCACUGAAAGUGAAAGGAAAUCCCAAAUUUUGGGUUAUCACCAGAACAGAAGUGGAGGAGCAAUCUUCCAAUGGGGACCCUUGUUCUGGUGACUACCAGGGAUUCCCUGACUUUGAAGGGAUUUCCUCUCACUUUUUGUUUUUGCUAUGGAAGAGGAAAUGAAGGAAAAUCUCCCCAAUGGGACA